AUGUCUGCGUCCCCUGUUUUCGAAGAAGGAACCUGCGGCCACAAAAGCCGACCCAGCCGACGCCUUGCACCAUCAACAAGCAAGCGCAACAACACCAACACCAACAUCAACAUCAACACCUCCUCCUACAACAACGCAAUGCAGAGGACGACUUCGCGCACAGCUGCUCCCGCCAUCAGGCAGAGGCUACUGAGUUCGGCCGCGACCGCCACCAGGCCGUCGUCGGCGCUCACGGCGGGCACGACGCAAACGAUGACCUCUUCUUCUUCGUCUUCUUCUUCGUCGGCUCGCGGCCUGUCGGUCCACCUGCGCCCGCGUCACAGCCACCACCAUGAGUCCUUCUUCGACGCCUUCGCACGCGAUCCGUUCUUCCGGCCGCUGAUCAACGAGCUCGCCUCGACGGCCAAGCAGGUGGGCCGGCCGGCCGUGCCCAAGGAGGGGCCGCGACCGCGACCGCUCCACGCCAACGUCAACGUGCUCGAGACCCAGCAGGGCUUCGCCAUCGAGGCCGAGAUGCCCGGCAUUCGACGAGAGGACAUCCGCGUGGAGGUGUGCGAGGGCGACCGACUUGUCAUCCGAGGCGAGAAGCGAUUCGAGGGCCACACUGCGAACAACACGAACACGAACACGAACACAAAUGUGAGGGGCGAGCUGAAGGAGGCGAAGGAGGCGGCCGAGCCACAGCAGCGGUACCUGACGUUCGAGCGAAGCUACGGCACCUUCGAGCGCACGUUCGCGCUGCCGGAGAACGUCGACGCGAGCAGGAUCAAGGCCUCGUACACGGAUGGCGUGCUCAAGGUCGAGCUGCCCAAGGCCGCCAAGGAGACGCCCAAGUCGUGGACCGUUGAGAUCAACUGA